CCUUGCCCAGGUUUUUUGAAAAAAAAAAAAAAAAAAAUGAUGGCCCUGUGAUCAAUUUUCCCUAGCGGGACUCAUCCUGCCGAGCGAUGUCAUUACCAGAAAUAAAAAAACAAAAAACAAAAAAAAUACCAUACGUUACGCCGACUGUCGUCAAGCCUACCUAACAUCGUCCGGCUUUCGCUUCGAUCAUUCUUAUUUCGCACCUCUUAAAACCCAUUCCGCUCCCUCCUUCACGCCGGCUUCCCUGGUUCUCCCAUCCGGUCCCUCUUCUGCGUCCUGCGGCUUGCUCCCGUCCUCCCUUGUCUCGAGCUAACCCUCCUGUUCUCCCGCCGUCCCUCCGCUCUGAGCCUGCCUGUCCUCGAGCCAUUGGCUUCCUGCCAUCCUGCAAAGCUUCUCUUGAGCUCGUCGACCGGUUCGUGCGUCAUAUCGAUCACCUUGACAUUGACUUGACACCUUUGGAAAAGAAAGAAAGAGGAAGAAGAAAAGGGGGGAACUGUAUUCUCUACAUCGCGUCAUCCUUUGCUGUGAUCUCUUCUUUCCCCUCUUUCUAUCAAUUCAUCCAGUGGACAGUCGAUCACCUUUUAGUCUCGCUGUCCUUCUGAUUCCUACCUGUGUUUUCGUGGUCGAUAACUCUACUAUUAUCAAAUUAUCCCUUGUUAUAUCACUUUAUUAUCCUCAAUCAUACCGUAUACAAUGACUGCGCGUCAGUCUUCCCCCACGUCAGAUACCCUGGCUCAUUCCGACAGCGGUGUGCGCAAGAGGGUGUGCAAGGCCUGCGAUCGAUGUAGACUGAAGAAGUCAAAGUGUGAUGGUGCCAAUCCCUGUGGACGAUGUAGGGCAGACAAUGCCAUCUGCGUCUUUGGCGAGCGGAAGAAGGCUCACGACAAAGUAUAUCCCAAGGGAUACGUCGAAAUGUUGGAGCAACAGCAGGUCUGGCUUGUCCAUGGCCUUCAGGAACUAUAUCGACGAACCAGCGAAGGCGAAGGUUGGCCCGGGGACCCACUGAAAUGCGAAGCCAACGGCCAUCCGCUCACACACGACCUCCUGACAAGAUUGGGUGCCCUUGACCAAAGGAAAGGUGAACAUUUCGAAGAGGACACGGAAGCUAUGCAGCAAGAGCUAUGGCGACGGAGCUCUGGGUACAUGCAGCGUCAAGAGUCGUCCGACUGCAGCUCGGAAAGUGCCCAGUCGCCUGUCACCCAGUCUCGUUUCUCAGACGCCUUCACUGCUCGACAUCAACUCCCUCCCACGCCACCUACAUACAGCCCGCUAUCACGCAGCCAGCCAUUGAUCAAGACGGAGCCGCAGAUUGUGCCUAAUACGCCGUCGUACACUCAGCAACUGUCAAUGCAAGGCGUCGUCAACCCAAUAGCACUGCAAGGCCCGCAGCAACAAUGGCCCAACAGUGGCUUGCCCAGCAGUGGCUUUUGCGACUUUGAUGAUGUGGAUUUCAUGUCGCCUACCGACUACACAAGCAUGCCGUUUGACGAACAGCAGAUCAAUUCGCCCAUGUUCAACCGUCAAAUUCCCGUCAACUGCAUGGCAUCCAAUCUGUUCAUGGACACAAAGAGCGAAUACGAUGAUUUCAAUCAAUUUCUGAAUCCAAACCCAACGGAGAUCACAUCGAUCUAGAGAAAUGGACCCCUCCGAAACUCGGCCCUCGUUCAGUGUCGACGCUCUUUUUCCUUAUUUUUGUAUACGCCUUAACGAUGUGAUGCAUGUACACCAUACAUCUCCGUUUUCCCUUUUUUUUCGAUGACUUCCGUGGAUGCAGGUUCUAGUCAUUAUUCUACUUCCCCUUCCUUAUUCACGGCGAAGGAGAGGGGAAAGGGGACAGACAAGCAUGCUUGUCUUGCCUCAAGUGUACAGGGAAUUCUGACUAUCAUUCACUGAAGAGGCUUAAGUGUCAUUAUUAUUGUUCUUCUGUUUUGUCUUGUUAUAAAAUCCACCCAAGGUGUCUGGAGUCGAGGUUCAAAUCACUUGCAACGGAUGGGACUUUUGUUGCCCGUCUGUCAAGAAGGCGAGAGCAGGCGUCAGGAUAUGCUAAUUUCAACGGCUUGUCGCUUUUCUUUCUUUUCAACUGGGAACUCGAGAGAUGGAUUCUCUUGGUUUUUUAUUUCUACUAUAAUUGGGCUGGGAGGUUGUCUUGAUUUGAGAGUACCCUAAGUUGUUUGUUUCCGUUGAAGUUUAAGCAGCAGUAUCGCCAUUACACGAUUGUAAUGUAAUAGUCGAUGACUGACUCUAGUCCUUAAUUAUUAUUAAAUAGAAAUCUGCUGCUAGUCUCGAUCAAUUAUUAAUGCCGAGCGCCGAUGGAGAUAUCGGUCUUGCUG